AUGGUAAGGCAGUCUCCCCCACACAUGCCGCCACGCGUCCCUUCCGCGCGGGCGCCCAGCAAAUUUGAGUGUGUCGAUGCCGCACGAAACCGCAUACAGUGCCUUGGGUUGAAAGCGGUCGGCGCAGCUACGGGAAACCAUUCUGCUGUGCAAGCAGAUCCAGCAUCCCGCCGCAGGCAUCUCCCUGCUGUACCGACGACACCCAAGCGCACAGGAGGGAGAAGUGCUGUGCGGCAACUCAAACUUGGUUCUUCUGUUUCCACUACGGAUGAGAAUCUUCGCGGUGCGCACGAGCGCCGCCGGCACUUACCUCCUGGUAAGGCGCGAUCCAAUAGCGUGGGAGACCGCAUCCAAAACCCCGGCCCUUCGUACCACACUCAGCACUCCGCAAGCACUGUCGUCACUCUAGAGCUGCCGCGUACGCACUCUACCCCACAUACGGUAACCCCAAUGCUUGCGGAUGGGCUGACCAGCGACGACCUUCUUCUUCUGUGCGGUGUUAAUCCUGGAUCCUCCAAGGCUAUUUGGUACACCACGAUGCGCGCGCAGCUGGAGGCUCGUGUACUCGCCAUGUCAGUGGACCAAAGCCAUAGGGGUGCCAACGCGAUUGCCAAUGUGCCGAGACCAGAGGAGGCCUCGUUAUCAUCGCUAAACUUUCCAGCUCAUCGAACUGACGCUGCUUCUGAGCCGCUUGUGCUGCCAACAGAGGUUUUACAGCUGAAGGAGCCACCAGGCGUGGAUGCCGUUCCGCGCGAACACUCUACGGCUGCGACACGGUCUGUUACACCUCAGGCAGAGAAGGUACCAUCCGUGAGCUCGAGCGAGGACAACACCGAGGAAGUAAAGGAAGAUGACGAGGACGACGGUACCAGUAGCAUCGGCACCCGUGCCACUUCCUUCAGCUCGGAGAAGGCCGCUAACGCUUUGGAGCAAGGACAGGCUAACGCGCUUCUGUUAACCUCCCUCAAGAAAUUUCGAUUCUCGCCAAAGCAACUAGAACAGAUGCAUGUGAAUGUUCUUUCUCUCCAAGCACUUGUCGGCUUGUAA